CUCUACCCACGACCCGGGAGAGCCUCGACCGGAGCAUGGAGAGUCAGGAGAAGGCGAAUAGAGCGGGACACAUGUUCGACGUAGUCGUGAUAGGAGGCGGCAUCUCAGGAUUAUCUGCCGCCAAACUCUUAGCAGAACAUGAAGUUAAUGUUUUGGUUUUAGAAGCCCGGGACAGAGUUGGAGGAAGAACAUACACAGUGAGGAACCAACAUGUUGAUUACGUAGACGUUGGCGGGGCUUAUGUGGGACCAACGCAGAACAGGAUCUUACGGUUAUCUAAGGAACUGGGUUUAGAAACUUACAAAGUGAACGUAAAUGAGCGUCUUGUUCAAUAUGUCAAGGGGAGAACUUAUCCAUUUCGGGGUGCCUUCCCUCCAGUGUGGAAUCCCAUUGCCUAUCUGGAUUACAACAAUCUGUGGCGGACAAUGGAUAACAUGGGAAAGGAGAUUCCAGCUGAUGCACCGUGGGAGGCACCACAUGCGGAGGAAUGGGAUAAGAUGACCAUGAAAGAUCUCAUCGAAAAAAUCUGCUGGACAAAGACUGCUAGGCAGUUUGCAUCUCUCUUUGUGAAUAUCAAUGUGACCUCUGAACCCCACGAGGUGUCUGCCCUGUGGUUCUUGUGGUAUGUGAAGCAGUGUGGAGGCACCACUCGGAUAUUCUCCAUUACCAAUGGGGGCCAGGAACGGAAGUUUGUAGGUGGAUCUGGUCAAGUAAGCGAGCGGAUAAUGCACGUCCUCGGGGACAGAGUGAAGCUGAGGUGUCCUGUCACCUAUGUUGACCAGUCAGGUGACAACAUCAUGAUAGAGACGUUGAAUCAUCAACUUUAUGAGUGCCGAUACGUAAUUAGUGCCGUCCCUCCAACUUUGACUGCCAAGAUACACUUCAGACCAGAGCUUCCUUCAGAGAGAAACCAGUUAAUUCAGCGUCUUCCAAUGGGGGCUAUCAUUAAGUGCAUGAUGUAUUACAAGGAGGCCUUUUGGAAGAAAAAGGAUUACUGUGGCUGUAUGAUCAUCGAAGAUGAGGAAGCUCCCAUUUCAAUAACCCUGGAUGACACCAAGCCAGAUGGAUCGCUGCCCGCCAUCAUGGGCUUCAUCCUUGCUCGAAAAGCUGACCGCCUUGCUAAAGUCCAUAAAGAACUAAGGAAGAGGAAAAUCUGUGAGCUGUACGCCAAAGUGCUAGGAUCCCAAGAAGCUUUACAACCGGUGCACUAUGAAGAGAAGAACUGGUGCGAGGAGCAGUACUCCGGGGGCUGCUACACGGCCUACUUCCCCCCUGGGAUCAUGACUCAGUACGGAAGGGUGAUCCGCCAGCCCGUGGGCAGGAUUUACUUUGCUGGCACGGAGACGGCCACACAGUGGAGCGGUUACAUGGAAGGAGCAGUAGAGGCCGGAGAACGGGCAGCUAGAGAGGUCUUGAAUGCUUUGGGGAAGGUGGCAAAGAAAGACAUAUGGAUCCAAGAACCUGAAUCAGAGGAUGUUCCAGCUGUAGAAAUCACCCACACCUUCUGGGAGAGGAACCUGCCUUCCGUGACAGGCCUGCUGAAGAUCAUCGGAUUUUCCACAUCGAUAACUGCCCUGUGGUUUGCGGUGUGCAAAUUCAGGCUGCUGACCCGAUGCUGAAGUUUCAGCUUCAUGCUUUCUGCUUACUCUUUCCCAGCAUCAUCAAAAGCAAAAUGUUGACAAAUUGAAAGGCUGUGUCAUCGGAUCAUCUUUAAGUACACUGAUUUAACCCCUCAGUUUAAUCUCAGUGUAUCACCUCCUUAAUUUCCGUAAGAUCAA